AUGGAGAGCGUCAAGGUUGUUGACGUAUUUAGAUCGCAUGCGCGCAGUACACAAAAGGACUCAGCAGGAGCGUUCAAGGUUAAAAACGAGAAGGAAUUUGUCUCCACGAAUCUCAGAUACGGCACGGCAAUUUUGCUGUCUCUGUCUGGAUAUUUAAGAAGUGGAGCAAGGGAUUCAAUCGACCAUCCUUCCUGCUCAGACUGUGGGAAUGGUUUCACUCGGUUAUCUCAGUUGAAGGUGCAUCAGCAAGUUCCCACUGGGCAGGGCUAUUCAUCUGUUCUGUGUGUGAGAAAGGGUUCUGUCGGGCAUCCCACCUGCGGACAGACCAGUCCGAUCACACUGGGCCGAGGCUGGUCAUCUGCUGAAUUUCAGGGAAGGGAUUCUCUCGGUCAUCUGACCAAAUGGCACACCAGCAAGUUCAUACCGGGAAGCGGCCAUUCACCUGCUCAGACUGUGGGAAGGGAUUCACACAGUCAUCCACACGACAGAUUCAUCAGCGAGUUCACACUGGGGAGAAGCCAUUCACCUGCUCAGAAUGUGGGAAGGGAUUCAGUCAAUCAUCCAACCUACAGAGUCACCGGCGAGUUCACACAGGGGAGAAGCCAUUCACCUGCUCAGACUGUGGGAAGGGAUUCACGCUGUCGUCCCACCUUCAGAGACACCAUCGAGUUCACACUGGGGAGAAGCCGUUCACUUGCUCGGUCUGUGGGAAGAGAUUCAGUGAGUCAUCUGACCUACUGGUACAUCAGCGAGUUCACACUGGGGAGAGGCCAUUCACCUGCUCAGUCUGUGGGAAGGGAUUCACUCAGUCAUCCAACCUACUGGUACAUCAGCGAGUUCACACUGGGGAGAAGCCGUUCACCUGCUCAGUCUGUGGGAAAGGAUUCACACUGUCAUCCCACCUACAGAGACAUCUGCGAAGUCACACUGGAGAGAAGCCAUUCACCUGCUCAGAAUGUGGGAAGGGAUUUACACUGUUACCCCACCUACAGAGACACCAGCGAGUUCACACUGUGGAGAAGCCAUUUACCUGCUCAGAAUGUGGGAAAGGAUUCACUCAUUCAUCCAUACUGCAGAUUCAUCAGCGAGUUCACACUGGGGAGAGGCCGUUCACCUGCUCAGACUGCGGGAUGAGAUUCACUUGCUCAUCUAAACUGAAGGUACAUCAGAGAGUUCACACUGGGGAGAAGCCGUACACCUGCUUAGACUGUGGGAAGGGAUUCACUCAAUCAUCCAACCUACUGGUACAUCAGCGAGUUCACACUGGGGAGAGCCCAUUCACCUGCUCAGUCUGUGGGAAGAGAUUCACUUGCUCAACAAAACUGAAGGUACAUCAGAGAGUUCACACUGUGGAGAAGCCGUUCGCGUGCUCAGUCUGUGGGAAAGGAUUCACCCAGUCAUCCAAACUACAGAAUCAUCAGCGAGUUCACACUGGGUAGAAGCCGUUCACGUGCUCAGUCUGUGGGAGAGGAUUCACUCAGUCAUCCCAAUUACUGGCACACCAGUCAGUUCACAAUGGAGAGUGGCUGUUGUUAUGAAUCCCUGGGUUUUGUUUGCUGUGGACUGUCAUUUUAAGAGAGAGACAGAUUAAGAAGGUGAAUCAGUCUGACUUGCAGCUUGUUUACAUUGCUCACAACUUGUUUAGUUUUAACUGAGGACACAGACACUCAGAGUCAGACGGAGACGAAGGAGGAAAAAUGGAAGGAUCGAAAUCAGGGAACUAGAGGCCAAGGGUCAAUCUUUGGAACUUUCCUAUGCCCACAAGGGUGGGUUAGUUAUCGAUUCAUCGUACAUCGAACGUGUGGUGGUCACCUCGUUUGAUCCAUAGGAGUGGAUCUGAUUUGGGGUAUCAUGUGAAGACCACUGAUGUGUUAACCCUUGCCUGGGUGUGGUGACGAUACCCCUUGUGACAAUUUGCUUUUUGUGAUAAUUCGUAUUUGGAUUUGGAAUGACGAUGGAUAAAAUCUACAGCGAUUAUUCUCUCGUUUUACCACCAUGGAACCUGUGGAAUUCGACAUAAUUGCCUUCUCUUGACAUUUACCCCGGAUUACAAAUAUCUCCCUCAUCACCUAUUCCGUGGAUGAACGGAGCUUUCAUACUUUACUAUCUCAAGACUCCAAGCCUUGUUUCCCCCGAGCUCAGUAGUUUGGGAGUUAUAUUUACACACAUUUAUUCACAUAACACUGUUAACUUCUGUUUAUCUUGUUUAAGUUACAAUAUUAUAAGUAGUUAUUAAUAAAGAUAGUGGUUUUAACAUCAAAACCAGACUCCAGGUGUAGUCUAUUGCUGCUGGUUUGUUUCUAAAGCGUUACGGUUCAUAACAAAAUUGCAUCCUGCGUCCGGGAUAUGAACAAACUUGGGGAAAUAUUGAUCGAUUAAUUAUCGAGUUGA